CGUUUUCUGGUUCGUUUCGUGGGUUCGUCCAUUGUAUGCGAUUUUUAUACUUAUGUAGUACCUAAAUAUUAAUUAAAUUAACAUUUCGUCUAUUAAUAUUUAUUGCACUUAUUUUGGGUUGUAUAAUAAGAAGUUAUUGUUUCAACUGCUGAUUUUUUUAAUUUAAUGUGACUGUAUUUUGUUCGUGACUUCAAAGAAACAAUAUGAAGGGUGUUGGGACACCCACGGUUUAUCGGUCUAGAAAAGACAUCGAUCGCCAUGUGGAAGAGCAAUUCAACAAACUUAACAACGAACACGAGGUAAUUAUUAUUGUUUUUCUUUUGCAUUGAUUAAUUGUCAAAUUUUCUAAUAAAUAACCAAACUACCUAGUGUAUUUAAUGCAUUAAUCAUAUAAAUCAAAAUUGUCCUUUAAAUUGGUUAUUUUAUGUCAAGGAAAGAGGGAUUUCACACCCGGUGAAAUACAGAGUGAAAUCCAAAAGUAUGAAACGGAUGUAGUUCAGCUUUCAAGCAAUUCUUUUCAAUAUGAUGAUCUAUGAAAACGUUCUUUCAUAAAAAGUUGGACGUUAAGGUCAAAAACUUCAAAAUGUUAGAAGUUACCUAAAAUAUUUUUUAAAUGUUUUAAAAUUGUUCACAUUCAACGUUUUAGUUAAAAAAAUUACCUUUUGUACUCAUUUUUUUAUAUUGUGAAUAAACAACACAAAAUUUAAUUAUGAAGUUAUUUUAAACAUUUGCUUAUAAAAAUAACUCAAAAUUUACUUUUUGGACUUUUCAUUUUUGAUAAAAAAACAAUAAGUUUUUGGUCACAAAAUUCUGGCAUUUUAUAUUUUGAAAGUUAUACCCAAAAAUUGAUAAUUAUGAACAAUAAAUAAUAUGAAAAAUUAAAAACAAGAAAUUAGGUUUUCAAUAAGUACUCUGAGAUUAUUUCACUGGUUUAUAUAUCCUAAUUUAUAUUGAAUUUAUAAAGCUUAAAAAACUUAAAUAAACUUUAAUUUGUUAGGCAAAACUUAAUAAAAUAUAUAUCUGUAUUCAUACAUUUUUGUUUUAGAUAGUUUAUAAUUAUAACCUAUUCCUUUAAACCCAAAAAUAUGAAUGAGUUAAUUUCACCUAAAACUUCUUUUUGUAGUAAAUAUAUAGAUAAAAAAUGUAUGUAUAGAAAUAUAAAGUUAAUGAAUGAAUGAAUACAUCGCCUGGAGUAUUAUGAUUUAUAUAUUAUACAAUAAUAUAUCAUAAUACUUCAGGCUACGCAUUCAUUCAUUUAUUUACUUUUAUUUAUAUAUUUAUUUACAUGUACCUAUUAACCAUUUUAAAUACUGAAUGAAAAAGUCAAUUUUGAGUAAGUUACUUUUAUAAGCAAAUAUUUGAAAUUACUUCAUACUUAAGUUUUACAUGGUUUAUUCACUAUAAUUAAAAUGUAGGUAUGAUAGGUAAUUUCUAAUUCCACUAAAAUAUUGCUAAUGAAUUCAGAGGUUUUUUUUUUAACUUGUUAAAUGUAAAUUUUUGGUAUUUUAAACAAAAUACUUAACAUUAUUUUUGGAAAAAUAUUUUUAAUUUUAAAAUCCAAAGUUUCAUUUUAAUGUACAUAUAUGAAUCACGCUAGAAAACACUUUAAAAAAAAAAAUUAUCAACUAUCGCUUGGGAGCUAAACUUACAUUUAUGCCAAAAAUAUUAAGCAAAAUUCAUUUGAAAUUGGAAAUCAUGUAAUAUUUUUUUACAGUGUUUAGUCACUAUCUUGUUAAUUACAGUAAUAAAACUAUACAUGUGUUAUUUGAAAAAUGUAUAUGUGGGCAGCAUAUCAAUUUACCUAAUACCUGCAGUAAUAUUUUUGUAUAUAAUUUUAUGGUUGUUAUAUUACAUUCCAUAUGUUUGGAGCGUAUUGUCAUUCGAAUUUUUUUUAAAAAUUGUAGUAUCCGAACUUUCGCUUGUCUGAAUUAGGUGUGGUCCCAAUUAGUUGAGGUUAUCUGUAACACCUACAUACUAGCAUGCCAUCUACUUAUGUGAUUUAUAAAGUAUAUUUGGGCAAUAAUAAUAACAAUAAUAUGUAUAUUUUUAAACAAAUAUCAAUGUAUAAUAAUUUUUAUAUUUAUAAUAUUUGUCAAUAUCAAUUAUAAUAUAAGUGAACCUGUGCUGAUACUAAUACCUAAUAGUUUUGUUCUUUUGCAAUUAUAGAAAAAGCUGAAAGGAUUAGCGAUUGCUCGUAUGUACUUUAAAGUUUUUGAGUAUGAAUUGGCUAAGCAAUAUGUUACCACUUUUUUGAGUGUGAAUGCAAAUUCACCCGAAGGUCGACGUUUACUUGGUCAUUGUUAUGACAAACUUGGUAAUAAAGAAAAAGCAGUUGCUGAGUACCAAAAAUCAUUGGUUUCGUCACCUAACCAACCGGAACUUCUAUUAUCAUGUUCGUAAUAAAAAAAAAAAAAAAAUUAUAAUUUUUUAUAUUAUUUACUAAGUACCUAGCACUUAAACAUUAAGUAAAUAUUUGCUUUAUAACACUAUUUAGGUUGCGAGUUAAUGAUUGAUCCAUCAGUUAAAUUGAUUAUACCACAAGCUGAACAGAUUUGUAAACAGACAGAAGAUUUAUAUCCUUAUCAUCCUAUAGUUUAUCAAUUAAAGGAGCGAUUAUUAACAUUAAAUGGAAAUUGUGAUCCUUCUAAAGUAGAAAAGUUACUUAAUGGUAUGUGUUUAUAGCUAAACUAAAAGAAUGAACAAGAAAUUAUAUUAAUUUAAUUUGUUUUCCAGCUGAAAUAUCUAAUAGGCCAGAUGAUAUGGACCUCAGAAUAAAACAGUUAAACUUAUUUGAAAGUUCAGGAAGAAUAUCUGAAGCAUAUGAAUAUGCAAUUAAUAUAGAAAAGACUUCAAAGAUCCAAAAAGACAAUAUUGCAUGGUAUGAGGCUGUUUCCAAAAUAUGUGAAGUAAGUUGUUAAUUUUAAUUAUUUGUUUAAUUUUAUUAAAUAAACAUUUUAUUAACAGGCAUAUGAAAGUUCAAAUUCGGCACUAAAUUGGGAAUUUUAUUUAAGAGUACUACCCAUUUACGAACAUACAGCUUCUUUACUAACUAUAGAAACAAAGUCAAGCAAGCAAAAAAGUGUAUCUGACUGCUAUACAGUUCUAUUUAGGUACCAACAUGCUUAAAUAAUUUACUACUAAAAUAUAUAAAUUAAUUGUUUUUUUUUUUAAAUUUUAGACUUGACCAGGCCCUAUAUAAAGCUAUUCAAUUAUCAUCUCCUCAAACAGAGUUUUAUCGUAGUCUAAUACAACAUAUGUCCAAUCAGUUUUAUUUUCAUUUAGCUACUGUUAUUAUGAAAUCUGCCAAAAAAGUAAUUUAAAUUUUGUAAUGUAUGUAAUGUGUUAUUUACUUUUUUGUAUUUUCUUUCAGGAAAAUUCAAUAUCUUGGUUUAAAAGUAAUCAAUUGUCAGCACCAUUAUUUCUUAUGUCUUUGGCGCCUCCAAUUGAUAAACAAGCAUUUGAAAGUUUUACUAGUAAAGACUUUAGCUUAGAACAAAAGUCAAAUGUUGCAUUAUGGGAAUUGGAGGGAACCCGAAGAAUAAUUGAAAGUGGAUUUGUUUUACGAGCUAUGAUGGCAAAAGAAGAUUCAAAUUUUAUUGAGAAUGUUAGGCUAUUGUGCAUCACCAACUGGAAGAUGAUCAACUAUAAAGUAUUUACAUUUAUUUUAUUAAUUUAAUGUAUUCAUAUUUUUUUUAUCAUUAGUUUGAAAUAUCCAUAGAAGUAUAUGUGUAUUUAUGUACAGAGCCUACACUCAGGGUGCUUGCUCUAAGGGACGCCAACGAUAAUUUUACUAGGUUAAUUAGGAGGGAACGCAAAGAAAUGGUUUUGUCUAGGGUGCCAAUAUGUUUAGUGCACCGUAUAUAUAUAUAUUAAAAUGUGUGAACAUUUAAAAUUCGAUUGAGAUUUUUCUGGUGGUCUAUACCAGGGGUCAGGAACCUUUUCGUGUAAAUAAGCCAUUUUUAAUAAAAUUGUAAAAUCGUGAAUUUGAAAGAGCCAUGGUAAUGGUUAAAAAAAAAAAAAAAAAAAAAAGGUAUAUGAUUUUUCUGGUAAAAAAAACAUUGUCAGUGAUAGAAGUGGGGAAAGUAGGAUACAUAACGUUAUUUCAUUUAUACCUGUAAGCAAUGAUAAACCAUUACUUGAUAAAAGAUGAUUCUGAGAUCAUUUCAGUGAUACAUAAUUUGAAAUGUCAUAAUUUUUUUUUUGCGAUUUUCAUUUAAAUUUGAAAUGCUAGUCCGAUGAUUUUGGAAAUUUUAUCAUCUAUGUAAGUCUAAUAUAUGUAUCAUACCAAGUUUCAAGUCUAUGUGCAUUUAUAACUAAAUUACACUAAAAAACUCCCAAAAAUUUAAAUGCUUUAAAAGUUUUGGUGAGAAAGUAAAUAAAUAAAAAAAAAAAAAAAGGUAUAUGAUUUUUCUGGUAAAAAAAACAUUGUCAGUGAUUUUAUACAAAUAAUAAAAACCGUGAAAUUGUAUGUUUCCCUAUAUUUUUUCUCACUUGAGUGCUUUUAUUUAAAAAAUGGUGUCAAAAAUCAAAAAAUGACAUCUUCAAGUACAGUCUUAACAACUUGAACUUUCAGAAAUGUUGUUAUGCGUAAAAAUCUGAGCACGUUUUUUUAACAUUUUCACAUACUUGAACAAAGAAAGAAAGAACGAAAAAGAAGAAAUAAACAGCAUUGUAAAACCAAUGUUCACCAAAUAGUUCACUUGCUACACUCUGAAUCUAUAAAUACCAUAAUACAAAAAAUUACCAACAUCUUUUACUAAGCAAUUUCAUUUGAAAUUGGCAGGCAUUAAUAACAUGAUAAUAAGUUUUAAAUUUUGAUACAUUUUCUAGAGGCACAGAUAGUAUGUUAAGGGCAUGCAUUAACCACAGGUCUGACUAAAUAUUAAAAUUUUAGAAACGUGUUUUGGGAAGAAUUAGUUACUGUUUUAAACAAAAUACCUUAGAGUAUUUAAACUCUUAAGUCCACAAUUUCAAAAUAUCUAUUAUAUAAUAUAUUAUAUAUUUUAAAGUUAAAAAAACAUAUUGGAAAAAAAUUUUCAGAAACUUGAUUUAAAAACUUGUUUAAAUUUGUUCUAUCUAAUUAAGUCAAAUUAUAUGAUUGUUAUAUGCCAUGUGCAUAUUUUAAUGCAACAUAUGUGGAAAUUCUAUGUAAAUAAUGUAUCACUUUAUAAUUUUUGUUUUUUGUUCUAGAAAAUAUUUAAUGGGCCAGAAUAUGCUCAAGGAAUACCAUCAUCAUUUUUUAUUCAUUAUUCAACCGAUAAAUUAAUUUACAAUAUCCCAGAGCUAAUUCAGUAUGCUUUACCAAAACAUGGUAAGUACACAUGUUCAAUACUAAUACUAAAAUAAUAAAAUCAUAUUUUUUUUUUUUUAGUUUUGUCAUUUGAGAUAAGUAAGCCUGGAUCUUUACAUCAUUUGGUUUGGUACGGAAUACAGCUUUUAGAGGGUGAAAAUAAAAAACAUGGCAUACGAUUAACUAAGGAUACUGUAUUCCCAGUUGGGUUUGGUUGCAAAAGUUUUAAUGAACUACCGUUAGCUACUAAUUCAUUAUCGUCUUCCAAUAUUGAGUCUAUAAGUCAAAUAGAUAUGAAUACAUUUUUGUAUGCUACAGGUAUCAAUAAUUUUAUAUUUGAAUAAAAGUGUUGAAUUUUACAUUUCUCAAAUGAAAAAAUACAUGUUUUGUCUUCUUAUUAAAUAUAAUUUCAAAUCAAUUAGGCAUUUUUAUUUUUUUUAAUUGCUUUCCUGUAUGUAUUCUAAAAAAAAAAAAAUUAUAUAUAUAUGUAUAAGAAAUAUUCCACUUAAAACUUAACAUUAGUUUUAUAUAUAAACACCAAGAAAUCUUGAUAGGUAUUUUUUUAGAUUAUUACAAUUUUUGGUAUUAAAGUUUUAUUUCUAUGAUAUUGAAGAAAUGUAUACUAUCACAAUAUUUAUUAGUCUUAAUUUUAAUGAAAUUUAAAAUAUUUAUAUUAAAUUCUUAUUGUAUUGAGAUUUUAAUUUUAUCCAUAGCCCCUUUAUGUUUUGGCUGCAUCUCUGGGUCGAUAAAUUUUUUUGAGUGGUUAGCCGAUUAGUGAAAAUAUCUAUCAAAUCAAUAAUAUCACAAACUACACUAAAAGUACUUAUACUGUUCUAUAACAUUUUAAAUAUAUAGAGUAAAAAAAAAAAUAAAUAAAUAUGAGAAUUUUUUCCCAUUAGUCAAUAGUAAAAAGUUUUUUUUUCCUGCCCAAUUUUAAUGUUUAGGCUAGUUAUUUUAGCUUUUUUAUUUAAGUGAUUUAACUAUUUAUAAUAGUAUAAAUAAAGUAUCAAAACAAGUGAAUUUUUCAUGUAGGACGAAUUUAUAGUGGUAUGUUUUUACAUUUUAAUUUUUUAUUUAGUUUUGAGUGUUGCUUCAUUUCUUGAUAAUCAAUCUCAAAGAAGUGAUCCCAAAGCACCACAGACAUUUCCAUCUAAUAUAACAGAUCAGUUGACUACAUCAGAACAAGAAAAUUGGUAAAAUAUUUUUCAUUCAAUUUUCUUCAAUAUUUUUAAAUAAAUUUAAAACCAAAUACACAAUAUUUAAAAAGUAAUAUAAAUAUUAUUAUUAACGAAUGUAUAUAAAUUUUUUUUUAGGUGGAAUUCAAUGUAUAAGAUUUAUUCUAAAAAUGUUGAUAUCAAACAUGUGUCACAAUUAAGAAAGGCUGCAACCCAAGGAUUGGAGGCUGUUCGUUUGAUAGGAAAUCAUGGGAUUGAUGUACAAUUAAUGGUGUAUUUGGCUAAAAACUUUACUAGUCAGGUAAUAAAUUAAUAGAAUUCUCAUUGUCCGACCACUGAGUUACCUAACUUUAACACUAGUUCCGCUGGAAUUGAAUGGUCCAACUUGCCGAGAUAGGAAAGUUGGUGAAGCAGCUGUGUGAUUGAGUGCAGCGCGUGAGGGCCGUGUUUACUGCUUAAGAUUCUUCUCUGUGACAUGCUUAAACAAUUCCAGUCUAUUUUCUCUUAUUUUGCCUAUUAUCAAAGCCACGUCUGAGUUACCUUUUAUUAAUGUAUCCUUUAUAAUAUAUAUUUUCUCCUCACUUCACUUGUCCAUCGAAGUAUUCUUAUCUCUACUACACUAAUUUUCUGUCUAUUGUCUAACACAAUAUAGUCAGGCUCAUCAUACUUUUUUAGAACUUAAAGUCUCUCAUUGGAAUUCUUUUGUCACAUAAAAUACCUGAUGCUUGUCUCUACUUUAUCCAAACUGCCUUGUCUUAUUUCUUCACCAAAUGCAUAAUAUGUUUUUUACUUAUAAUUAUUUUUAUUUAUUUUUCUUCAAAUAAUAGUGUACUACUCCAUUCCUCAAGCCCCUAUUCUCUACUUUUAUUUGUUGAAUGUUCCAACAUUCAAUGUACCUACUUUAUACUUUUCUUGUAUUACGGUAAUGUCCCUACACCAGGGGCCGGCAACCUUUUUUGAUGGAAGAGGCAAAAGUUACAAUAUACAAAAUUUUCCAAAUUUUAAAGAGCCACUAAAAAUGUUCUCAAGUUUUUAAAUAUAAUUUUAUUUUUAAAUUUUAAUAGACAUUAAAAUAAUAAAAUUAAUUAUAAUAAUAUAAUAAAUUUAUAAUAAAAAAAACAGUUUUUAGUAAUAGGGAAAUACAUUAAUGGGAGCAUUGGCUUUGCAUGUCUUUUGAAAGUUCUUUUAAAUUAGGCUCAUAACUUGUUUUAAGUUUCAAGCAUGACUCUAGAUUUUUAUUUGUUAGUUGGCUUCUUACUUUAUUCUUUAUUGUAUUCAUGCUAGAGAACGCUUGCUUCCAUGAAUAUGUUGACCCAAAAAUUGCCAUCAGUCCAACUUUUUCACCUCACUGUAGCAUUCUGGAAGACUUCCAUGCGUCAAAUAUAAAUUCCGUAUUUUGGCGUAUGACUAAUUAGUUGUAGAUAGCACCGCGAUUAUAUUAGACUCUAUAAUAAACAUUUUAUAACGAUAGACUGUACUCCAUGCGGGCACUAUCACAUUAUUUUUGUUAUAUAUUAUUUCAUAUUUUCAAAAGCAACAAAAAUAAUAUACUUUUUUUUAUAUUAUAAAAUAUUGUUUUUGAACUAAAUUAUUAAUUUUUGUGUGUGUAGCUGGAGAGCUGCUACUUUAGACUGAAAGAGCCACAUGUGGCUCACGGGCCGCAGGUUGCCGACCCCUGCCCCAAACCGUUAGCACCCAUUAGAGUUGGAAAGGCCUGCAUGCAUGGUGGAACAGUUACCGCACUUGUUAUUCAACCGGUAUCACACACUUCAUCAUUCAGGCCUCCUCUUGUGGCGUUAAUUCCUCUAACUUGUCUCCAAGUAUAACCAAGAUUGGACAAUAUGUUAAAGUUUUAUUUAAAACUCCUCAUAUUCUUUGACAGAAUUUUACAGUGGCUAUUGACCUGAUUAUCCCUAUUUGUUGUCUCUUACGACAAGUAGGUACCGUGAAAGGAUUCUGAUCCCCUUCCACAGGGAAAUAAAAAUCAUUUUUAAAACAGCCAACCUUUAUCUGUAUAUAUUUUUAUAUUUUUUUUGUUACAAUUUUUCUUGGGGAAAUAACUUAUUUUUUCAAUUCCUAGGGAUAUAACUUGAUUUCAUAAAAAAUUUUCUACCAAGUUAUUACGUUAGAAUAAUUAUCUAUACUUGUGAUUAUGAAGUUUUUAAAAGUUAUUUUAUGCUACUACUUUUUAUACACAAUUUAACUUUACUUAUUUUAAUUUUAAGGCUAACAAAAUAAUGGAUAACUUCCUCUUAAAAAGCGGACUAGAAAAAAGAGCUGUACUUUAUUGGGGAAUGGCUAUACAGUUACUGGAACGCAUUUCUCAAAGUGGAGUUGAACACAAGUCAAAAAAUUCUCUAUUUGAAUUUUACAGGUAAUUUUAGUAUAGCAAUUGCUUUGUAAUGCAUUAAUAUUAAUAUGUUAUGAUGUACAAAUCAUUUUUCAAUUUAGAAAAAGUUUGACUCAAGAAGAAAUCAAAGAACUUUUAGAAGAAGGUAGAUUUUAUUUAGCUUGUCAGUUAAUGAACAAUGAACAAAAUGAAGAAGCAAUUGAAGCAUUUAGUAAAUUACAUACACCAUAUGCAUCUUUUUAUCAAGCAAUGGUUGGUAUAAGUUAAUAUUAAUGGGAACAUAAUUUUUUUUUUUUUGAUAUGUGAAUAAUUAAAGAAUACAUUAUAUAUAAAUAAUUUUUUGUAGAUUUUUAAAAAAAUGAUAAGAUUGGAAGCUGAAACAUCUUCUGAUCAUACAUUAUCUGAAUCAAAUAAUUUGUUAUUGACCAAAGUUAAGGAAUUGUUAAAUGUUACAAAAGAACGUAUAAAAAAUAAUCUUCAACAUCCACUACAUUCAAAACUUAAGGAAGAAAUGUUUGAUUUAAAAGAAGAAUCUGAUUUUAAUGGGACAUCAAUUAAUCGUCAGUAUUUAUUUAUUUUCAUAAGGUUGUUGUAACUUUAAUGUUUUUUACUUUUUUAUAGAAUCUAAUUCAGAUUUAUUAUCUGGAGAGAAUGGAGGUUUAGAGAAUAUGUCUGGAAGAUUAUUGUAUAAAAGAUUUAGUGACCGUUCUUUUCAUAAUACAACUAGUACUCCUGUAAAAUCUCAGCAUAACUCGGUAUAUGCACAUGUUUUUAAAGUAUAUAGGGAAUAUUUAAUUAUUCAAUUUUUUUUUUUAUUACUUUUUAGAAUCAAAAAAUUGUAGAUGAUGAAGUUGAUGCCAAAGUGUUAAGUGAAUUAAAAAUAGCUAUACAAUCACAGAAUGUACAAUGCCAAACUUUGGGAUUACAGUAUUAUAAUAUGAUUGAGACAUUAAGGACAAUGUCUGAAAAAGUCGAUAAAUUAAUAGAUAAUUUUAAUAAUACAAAAAAUACAAUUUUUGAAAAAAUUGAUGUAUUAUCUCAUAAUUUUCCUACCCAGAAUUUUUCUGUUGAUGAUUCUAAGAUAAUUGAACGUAUCAAUAGGUUGGAAGAAAAUUUAACAGAGAAGAUUAAUGUGAUGCAUGAAAUUAUAAGAGCAAGACCAGAUGAUUUGUAUGAUGUUUAUCAAGAAAAUGAUGGGAGCUUAGACAAAAUUACUUAUGAUCAAGCGUCAUGUAUACAAAAUGCAUUUGAUAACCCUACUCAGUUGUCUUCGACUCUUGGGUUUCCACCAGCUCAACUUCCAUUUUCAUCCAGCUUACCUUUCCAGUCAUUAGGAUUAUUUAAUCAUCUAACUCAAUCAAAUCCAUUGCCUGUGUAUUCAAUGGCGCCUAAUCCAAAUGUUAACAUUACACUGUCUGAUACUUUACCAACUGGCCCACCAGUGCCCCAACCACCACUUAGCGUAAUUAUACCAACACACCAUAUUCUUAGUAAUAUAUCUACAUCUGAACCGCAAUCAUCUUGCAGUAUUAAAUUCAACAAUCCUCAGAUUGAUAACCAAUCUCAGUCAGUUAGUACUUGUAGUGUGUCUAGUGUUCCUUUUACCACAGCGACAGUUAGUUUACCAAUGAGCAGUGAAACUUUUUCAUUUAAACCUUCUUUAGCCACAUUCAAAGAUAGUUUUGAUGUUUCAUUAAACAAGUCUAGGAACUCUGCAACUGAUGACAGUUAUACUGAAGAGCAUGAUCCUAUACCCGAAUUUCAACCAAUAAUACCAUUACCUGCAAAAAUUGAAGAAGUUACUGGAGAAGAAAAUGACACAAUAUUAUUUGAACGAUGGGCAAAAUUAUAUAAAUAUGUUGAAAAAGAAUGGAAGGAGAAAGGUGUUGGUAUAUUGAAAAUAUUGAAAAAUAAUGACUCAAAUAAAGUGAGAUUAGUAAUGAGACGAGACCAGGUACAUAAGAUCUGUGCUAAUCAUUUCUUAUAUGAAAAUAUGGAAUUAAAAUCUAAAAAUAAUAAAGCGGUUCUUUGGUCAGCUAAUGAUUUUUCAGAUACUGUUCAAAUACAAGUAGAAAGUUUAUGUGCACGUUUUAAAACUGCAGAUGAUUGUGAGGAGUUUAUUCAAGUUUUCAAUGAGAACAAACAACCUUGUUCUCAAAAUAGUUCAUCUGUAAAUGAUUCUAGCGUGGAUAUUUCUAAUGAUUCUAUUGUUGAAGCAAAUAUAAAUUCCUGUUUAACAUUGACUUCAGAAAAUGUAAAAUCACUUAAACACGAAUUGGGUGGAUUUACUUUUAGCACUCCACCUAUUAUAAAUGAAAUAGUUCCACCAAAACAACAAGAAAAGACACCAGAAAAAUCUAAGGGAUUAUUUUCUAGUUUAAGUUUCUCAACACCUGCUGUAGAAACUAGAACACCAGUGAGUUUUACAUGUCUGUUUUCAAAAUCUUCGAUCUCAGAACCUAAAACCGAUGUCAAUAGUAAACAAUCUACUUCAUUCUUUGGGUCUACUGAGAAUACUCCUAAAUCAGGUCUAUCAUCUUCUGGGAAUAUUUCCAAAUUGGGGUUAUUUUCUUCUGAGAAUACUCCUAAAUCAGGAUUAUUUUCUUCUGAUAACACUAAAUCAGGAUUAUUUUCUACUGAUAACACUCCUAAAUCAGGAUUAUUUUCUUCUGAGAACACUAAAUCAGGAUUAUUUUCUACUGAUAACACUCCUAAAUCGAGGUUAUUUUCUUUUGAGAAUACUCCUAAACCAGGAUUAUUUUUUACUGAUAAUACUUCUAAACCAGGAUUAUUUUCUACUGAAAAUACACCUAAAUUGGGGUCAUUUUCCUUUGAGAAUACUCCUAAGUUAACUGAAAAUUCAUUAUUUUCAAAUAACAAAACUGAAGACGAGUUAUCAAUUCUAAAACCCAAACUGGACUUUACAUCUGGAACAUCUGCAACAUCAUACUUUAGUACAUUGGCUAAAAGUUCGCCAAAAAUUGGUUUUGUUAACUCUCCUGAUUUUAAAGGAUUCCCUGGUGCAGGUAGUACAAUUUUUAAUGUCAAAACUAAUCCUUCCCCCCAUGCUGUUAUUAAGUCUCCAGUUGAAAAUGCAAAUGAUUCUUUAAAUCAACAAAAUGAUGAAGCUGAAUUUGUUCCAACAGCAGAGUUCACUCCAGUAAUACCUCUGCCUGAAAAAGUAAAUGUAGUUACUGGUGAGGAAGGACUCAAAGUUGUAUUUGAUGAACGAGCGAAACUUCUUAAAUUUCAUCCAGAUCUAAAAGAAUGGAAAGAAAGAGGUAUUGGCCAGAUGAAAAUUUUAUUCAAUCCAGAUGAUGGUUAUUAUCAAUUGUUAAUGAGAAGAGAAUUGGUAUUUAAAGUUUGCUGCAAUCAAAGGUUAACUGCAGAUUUAAAGCUAAAACCGGUGUAUUCAUCAGACAAGGCUAUGUCGUGGGUGGGUCAAGAUUUCUCUGAUGGUGAAUGUAAAAAAGAAUUGUUUGCUGUUAGAUUUAAAACUGUUGAACAACUUCAUGCAUUUAGAGAUAAAUUUAAUGAAAUAAAGGAGAAAAUUCAAGAAUCGACAAAAGUGUCCAGCAAUUCAGAGGAUAUACAACCUAAAUCAAGUGGUCUACCUGAAUCUAACAAUCUACCUAAAUUAAACGAUCUUGCACAAUUCAAACCUAAACCAGGUUCAUGGACGUGUGAUGCAUGCUAUUUGUCAAAUGAUGCAAGUAAAAUUAAAUGUAUUGCAUGUUGUACAAUAAAACCAGGAGCGGUUGAUGAUCAGACUACUGAAAACAAAGAGGCUACUGCAAGUUUUACAUUUGGACAAUCAUCAUUUUCGUCAAUGUUUAAAUUUGGAGGCACCAUGGCCAACUCGCAGCCAUCUAUUCCAUUUGUAAUGCCUAAAUUUAGUACAUCAACAGAAAUGUCUUUUGGUUCACUUGGCUUAAGAAGCAGUACUAAUACAUUAGGUACUACACAUGAAACUGCAGUUCAAAACAAACCAUUAACGUGGAGAGAAGAAAGUGCUGGCCUAGUGAAGUAUGACUCUGACAAAAGUGAUGCAGGAACAGAUGAAACUGAUGAAAGUGAUGAAUACUAUGAGGAAAUGUAUGUUAAAGAUAAAAAUAACCAAUUCAGUUCUUCAAAUGGUAAUUUGUUUAAUUAAUUUGAAUUUGAUUUUAAAAGUAAAAAUUGUUGCAUACAUGAUUUGCUAAUAAUAUUUUUCUAAUGUUCUUUAAUUGAUUUGCAGUUAAAAUUGAAAAGUCUUCGUUUUUAAAUUCAAAUUUAUCUGUUGCUGAAACUACUUCAAAUUCAAACAAAAAUAAAGGUAAUAAAUGUAGCUCUAUUCAUACUUUUUUUUAAGUAGUUUUAUAAUGUUUAACAAUAAAUAAUAAUUUUUUUUUUUUUUAAGCACCAGAAGCUAUAAAUGAAAAUGCAGUGAAUUCAGAAUCAGAUAGUGAUCUAGGUUAGUUAUAAAUCACAUAAAUAAUUACAGUAUGAACAGAAAAUUUUAUUUUUUAGAUUCUGUAAAAAUUCUUGAAAUUAAACCAUUAAAAGAUGUGAUAUCUCAUGCUGACCAAGGACUAGCUGAGGAUUUAAAACUUCCACUAUCUUUCUUUCUUUACAAGUCAAAAUCUAAGUGUAAAGGAUGUGUCGGAUGUGAAAAUGAUACUGUAAGUUUUUAUCUUUUUUUAAAAUUGUAUAGUUAUUAUUUUGUUCUUAUUUUUUUUAGAAAGAAGACGGAGAAGAAGAAGAAGAUGGACAAGAAGAACAAGAGAUAACUUCUUCUAAGACCGAUAGUGAAAAGGUAAUUUUAUGACAUUGUACAGAUAAAAAUUUAAAAAAAUAUAUAUACAGUGAAUAUAUGAUAUGUUAUGGUUAAUGUUAUAUUUAAAUUUUUUUUGCAUUGGUUUUUUCUUGGUGUUUAAAUUUUCAAGUGAAUUACAAACUAUGGAAAUAUUACAAUAUUAAAAUUAUCAAAUCUGGAUUAGAAAUUAAAAUAUCAAGAAAAAACUUAUGUACAAAUACAAACAACAUGCUUACCCUUAAAUCAGUUUAUAAGCUAAUCGCUCCAAUAUUAAAACAAACAGCACAAAAGAGGUUAAAGUAUUAUUAUAAUGACAUUAACCGUAACAUAAUAUACAUCUGAAUGGAGUACACUAUCAGUCACUGAAUCUUCAUUCUUUAUUAGUUGUACACUAUUUAUAGGAGGGUUAAUUUUUUAAAUGCUUAAAAAAUAAAUGUGUUAAAGGAGAAUGUAUAUGUCUUAUAAACUUUUAUUUUUAAUUUUGAAACUUUUUUCGUUUUGUUCAAAAUAAUAGGUGUUUGUUUUGUCAAUCAAUUAGUUUUACCCCUACCUAUGAUAGAGGACUUAUACUAGUCACUCAACUAAAAACACAAAACAUCGGCAUUUAUGACAUUGAUAAUUUCGUUCUAAUAUUAUCUUGUCACAUAAUGUAACGAGCUUGUUAUUGUACUACUAUGGGCACGUUUUGCUCCUGUCUUUUUGUUAUUUUUAAAUUGUAAUUAAAAUAGGUGUUAAUUAUUAGGUGUUAGGGGUUGUUUCUUGGGAACAACAUAACAGCGUCACGCGAUAAUAUGACAGGGUGUUCUACGAUGAUCUACCAUUUUAAAUAACCUUUGUUCUAUUCAAUAUUUUUUUAAUAACUUAUAUGCCUCUGCGCUACACUUGAUAAAUGAACAUUUUUUUUUUUUUAUAAAUAAAUUUAAAUAGUAAUUUUAUAAAAUAGAUUUUAAGACAAUUUUUAGUGGUUGAAACUUUGGUUAAAGUACGGUCUUUUUAUUUUCUAGUAUUUUUUUUAAAAUUUUUGUAAAUGUUAAUAUAAUCUAUUGUGGUUAAUCUGUUACAAUAUUUAAUCAGUUAUUAUUCAGGGCACAUGCCAAGAAUUUUCUUUUCCAUGAGUUAAUGUCAUGCAGUAAUAUUAUCAUAUUAUAAUUAUUAGAUAGUAUCAGUCAAUCAAUAAUGGUCAUUUAUGUUGAUAAAUAAUAUUUAAAAGAAAUCUUAGGCAAUAAGAGACCAUACUUUAACAUAUUGGUAUUUGUAUUGUGUGAAUUGUAGAAGUCAUUUAUUAGAUUUUUAUUUAAGAAUUUUUGGUAUUUAAUUAAUCAUUUAAAAAAAAUGUAAAAUUUAAUUAUAAUGAUUCAUUUUUUUCAAGUUAAAUGUGGUAGUGUAUUUUAUAUAUAAUAUAUUAUAGGUAAAAUUUAUUUUGUUUAAGGAAAUUGAAAGAGCUAAGGAAGAACAAGAUGAAAUCCCUGUCAGUGUUUUGGAAUCAAAUGAAUCUUCAGCAACAUCAACAAAUACUUUUUCACAAUUUGCUAAUCCUACAUCUUUUCUAUUUGGUGAUAAAUCUACCAGUACAUUUGAAAAAUCUACACCUAAUCCUAUUUUUGGAUCCAAAGCUAUUUUUGGUAGCUUGUCUGUAGAUUCCACUAAAACAGAUGAUACUAAGUCAACAAAUAUUGAUCUUUCUUCAACUAUUACUUCUAACCCACCAAUGUUCGGCUCUUUAUCGAUGCCUACUGGAAUGUUUUCAACUUUAGGAUCAACAGAAACAUCACAGAAUACUGCCCAAAGUUUAUUUUCUAAGACUGAUGACAAUAAAUGCAGAACAGAAACCUUAUUCUCAUUUAGUCCUAAGACUGAAAGUCCAUUCAAAUUUGGGGUAAUGACUAAUAAUGAACCUAAAUUGGUAUUUGGGCAACCUUUGUUUAGUGGUAAUACAAUUAUUCCCCAAGGUAAAAAUAAUAUAAUAAUAUAAUUAUUGAACUUAAAUUAAAACAGCAGAGUUUUUUGAUAAUUUAUUUAUUUAUUUUUUUAUGUUCUUUGUAGUUAAUCCAUGGGCAGGGAAGUUUAGUCUCAAUAAAUCUACUGAUGAAGAGAAACAUAAUGAAAAAAAAGAAGAAAAUGUGGAAGAAAAUGGUGAAGAAGAAGUUGAUAAUAGUCAUGAUCCUCAUUUUGAACCCAUAAUACCACUUCCUGAUGCAAUUGAAGUAUCCACAGGCGAAGAAAAUGAAACAAUAUGUAAUUUUUUCAUACACAAUUUAAAAAAAAAAAAAAAAACAAUAAUUUAUCUUUUACUACAGUAUUCCGGGAACGUUCCAAAUUAUUCCGCAAAGAUGGUGCGGAAUAUAAAGAAAGAGGAAUUGGUGAAAUGAAAAUAUUAUACCAUGCUGAAAGGAAUACAUAUCGUCUGUUGUUUAGAAGAGAAAAGGUAAUUAUCUUUAGAAAUUGAAAUUUGCAAUUUAAUAUUAUGUAUGUAAUAUAUAUAUAUGAAUUUGAUUACUUCUUUACAGGUAUUUAAAGUUGUUUGUAACCAUUUGAUAACAUCGGAUAUAAAGAUGGUGCCAAUGAAGUCUUCAAACAAAGCAUACUGUUGGGCUUGUAUGAACACAACUGAAGAUAGUCCGGAUCCACAGACAGAAUUAUUAGCCAUACGUUUCAAAACUGAAGAAUUGGCUGAUACAUUUAAACAGAUUUUUGAUGAUUGCGUAUCAAAACUUGGCUAAUGAAUAAAAUAUUUUUUUUUUUCAUUAUUUGGACUACCAAAUGUUAUAUUUGUUAUAGUUUAUAGCUAUUUAUAUGAGAUUUUUUUUUUAAUUACAUUUUUUUUUCUUAGUCUUUAAAAGUACACAUUUUAUUAUCCAAAAGGUUUUGAGUAAAAAUUUAUGUCAUAAUUCAGAUAUACAUUGUAUUUUUUUUUAAUUUUUCAAACAAGAUAAUUAUUUUUAAAAAAAUUGUGCACAAAUGAUGCAAUUAAUGUUUUC